CGCGACAGAGCGUGUGUAAGAUGGCACAGGACACCGACGACAUCAACCUCACGCCGCAGGAAUUGCAGACGCUGUCGGAACUGGAUAGCCGGCAGUUCGGUUUCCUCAAGCUCAACUCGCCCGAGCAGGCGAAGAGGAAGGCCCUGGUGGUGCGUGCCAUCAAAUAUCUGGAGCGUAUGCUGGUUCAGGCCCAGGCGGAGAAACAACGUAGGAAAGCUGAUAGUACAAAAGCGUGCCCGGAUGAUUCCAAGGAGAAUGAGGAUGAAGAUAAGGGAAUAAGCAUCGAUCCUAAGACGUACUGCAAGCUGGGACACUUUCAUCUACUUCUAGAAGAUUAUAGCAAAGCAAUGUCGGCAUAUCAGAAAUUCUGCUCUUUAAAAGGUGACUACUGGAAGGAUGCUUCAUUUCUGUAUGGACUGGGUCUUGUUUACUUCCACUUCAAUGCCUUCCAAUGGGCCGUGAAAGCGUUCCAGCAGGUGCUAUGGGUGGAACCAGGAUUUCCACGGGCCUGCGAGGUUCACCUACGGCUCGGCUUGAUGCUGAAGGUCCACGCUGAGUUCGACGCCGCUUUGAAGCACCUGACCCUCGCCCUGAUCGAUGCCACCACACCUGCCUCCUUCUCCAAGCUCGAGAUCAAGUUCCACGUCGCUCACUUAUACGAGGUUCAAGGCAAGUAUCGUCUGGCCAAGGAACAUUACGAGGCCCUGCUGAAGGAGAAGCUGCCGUUGCAUCUGAAGGCCGAUAUCUAUCGUCAAUUGGGAUGGAUGUAUCACGUGGUUGAAUGCACGGUGCUUGGCAUAACUAGAGCGCAGAAGCAAUUCACAGCUAUCCACUGCCUGCAGAAAUCUAUCGAAGCCGAACCCAAGAGCGGGCAGAGCCUUUAUCUUUUAGGACGCUGUCUGGCUGCCUCUGGAAAGGUGCACGAAGCAUUUAUCGCAUACAGAAAUUCAGUCGAAAAAUCGGAAGGCAAUGCAGACACAUGGUGUAGUAUAGGAGUGCUGUAUCAACAGCAGAAUCAGCCUAUGGACGCAUUGCAAGCCUACAUAUGUGCUGUGCAACUAGACAAAUCCCAUUCGGCUGCUUGGACUAAUCUGGGCAUAUUAUACGAAAGUGUUAGUCAACCGAAAGACGCCCUAGCCUGUUACGUUAACGCAUCCAGGGGAAACAGCAAUAUAGCGAAUUGCACGGGCCCAUUCGCGGGUCUGGGUGGCGUUAAGUCCGGUGGCAACAACCCGAUGAACCCGUCCCUCCAACAGCGCAUCAGCUUUCUGCAGAGUCACCUAAGUCAAGCACCAAUGCCUUCCGUUGCUAACAAGAGACGGCAAUUGCCGUCAAUCGAAGAGGCUUGGAAUCUGCCGAUUAGCGCAGAGAUGUCCAGCCGGCAGCAACAACAACAGCAGCAACCCGGCGGACCUUCGUACAAAUAUGGUGCCACGCCGACUGGACCACCCCCGCCUUAUCCUCAAGCUCAGGGACAGAAUGCUAAGCGAUUUAAGACCGACGAGGUGAUCUCGGCCGUGCCGCAGCAACGGGCGCCGCCAUUCUACCUAUCGCAGCAGCAACUGCAAAUGCUGCAUUUCCUACAACAGAACAUCAAUAACUUGACACCGCAGCAGCAAAAUGCGCUCGUCCAGCUGCAACAUCAAUACCGUGCGAUGCAGCAACACCAACAACAAAUCAGACAGCAGCAACAAGCGGGGCAACGAGGCGGCUUGAGGCCGGGACAGCCCGGUUAUCCCACGGCAUACGGCCAUCCUCAGAACCUCGGCCAAUCGUCGGGUGUUGUCAAGAAUUAUGGAAUACCACAACAGCCGUUGCAGCAAGGAGGUACGGUUGCGCUGCAGACGGGCUUCUCCGACACUAAUGUCGGCUAUAAUACGGCGGCGACCGGAAACACUACGCAAACACCAGGAAUGCCUUACAAAUCCGCCUCUGAUCCCACUUAUCCGCCGCAGAGGCAACCAAUCACCGGCAGUGCCCAGUAUAGUGGUCAGUAUCAGCAACAGCCGAAUCAGUACGCUGCUCAGGGUUACACGCAGGUCACGUCGGCGACAAGCGGUUACUCGGAGAGCUCAACGGCGACUGUGGCGAAUAAGGACAAUCUGGGCGUGACGGACCAGGAAUUGCAGGCGCUGCUAUCACAAAAGGACAUAGCUACGUCGCUGGCGGAAGACCUGCUCAAGCACUUCGGUUCCGACGAUUUGGAAACAGUCGUAAAGGAAGAACCAUCGAGCGGUGUCAUCAGUGACAACGGCACGUUGAGCUCCGGUCCGUUCUCGCCGUCGAAUCUCGACGAGAAUGCGGCGGCCAAAGUAAAGGAGGUGAAAUUAGAAAAAUCAGAAGAAGCGGCUUCUCAAUCGAUACAGUCUAAAUCGACGACGGAUGCUGCGACGACGAUCAUGACGACGACCGCGACGACGACUGUAACAACGGUGAAAUGUGAAACGACAGCGGUGAAGUGUGAGACGACGACGUCGUCAUUAUCCUCUAGUACGACGAUGACGACGGCAUUGAUAAACAAGAACGAAUCGACUAAUAUUUCCAAGGCAGAGACGAUGAUGAAUCUGAAACUCGAGUCGUUGUGUGAAUCGCAACCAGAACAGGAGUUGAGCAUUGAAAUGGAUGCUAGAGCGGUGAUCGAGGCGUGCAAGGGUCGUGGUUUGAAAGGCGUGCCGAAUUGCUCGAUACUAAGCGAUCGUUCACCACCGCCGGCACCACCGGAUCCACCUAUUCAACGAAUACACUUGACGAAAGAACAAUUAUCGCCGCCUGCCCCGAGUGUCUUUCUGGAGAAUAAAAAGGACGUUUUCGGUCCGCAGCUGCAAGAAUUUUGUUUAAAACACCCGAUUGCUGUGGUACGUGGUCUCGCGGCAGCGCUCAAGCUUGAUCUAGGCCUUUUCUCAACUAAGACUCUGGUCGAGGCUAAUCCAGAUCACGGUAUUGAAGUACGCACGCAAAUGCAGCAAACUAGCGAAGAGAACUGGGAUCCGACGCUCAACAAGAAAGUCUGGAACUGCAUUAGCCAUCGCAGUCACACGACGAUUGCGAAGUAUGCGCAAUAUCAGGCCUCUAGUUUUCAAGAGAGUCUGAGAGAAGAGAAAGCGCAGGGCGGCAUUCACGCUUCCAAUCUGUCAGAUUCGGACUCGAAAGACAGCACCGGUCAGACGGUUCGACGCAAAAAGAACACUUUUGGUCUAGCCGGCCGACCGGGAACCAAGAUGUUACGUUUCGGUACCAAUGUAGAUCUAUCAGAUGAAAGAAAGUGGAAGCCACAGUUGCACGAAUUAAUGAAAUUACCGGCCUUUGCUAGGGUGGUAUCGGCUGGUAAUAUGCUCAGCCAUGUGGGCCAUGUGAUCUUAGGAAUGAACACCGUACAAUUGUAUAUGAAGGUACCUGGUAGUAGAACACCCGGACAUCAAGAGAACAAUAAUUUUUGUUCUAUUAAUAUCAACAUUGGACCGGGCGACUGCGAAUGGUUUGCGGUACCAGAUGCGUAUUGGGGCGUAAUAUGCUCACUCUGUGAACGCAACGGCAUCAGUUACCUACAUGGAAGUUGGUGGCCGAAUCUAGAGGAAUUAUUCGAGGAGAAUAUUCCAGUGUACAGGUUUCAUCAGCGACCAGGUGAUCUUGUGUGGGUGAACGCGGGUUGCGUGCAUUGGGUACAGGCGGUCGGUUGGUGCAACAAUAUUGCAUGGAACGUUGGCCCGCUCACUGCCAGACAGUAUCAACUCGCGAUCGAGCGUUACGAGUGGAACAAGCUGCAAGCAUUCAAAUCGAUCGUACCGAUGGUGCAUCUUUCAUGGAACUUGGCGCGUAAUAUUAAGGUGUCAGAUCCUCGAUUGUUCGAGCUGAUUAAGAAUUGUCUUUUGCGAACGAUGAGACAGUGUUGUUUAAUAUUGGAGUUUGUGAAGAGCAAGAAUGUGGAAGUGCGCUUCCAUGGCCGUGGCAAGAACGAAGCUUCGCACUAUUGUGGCCAGUGCGAGAUCGAGGUGUUCAAUAUCCUGUUUAUUCGUGAACAGGAAAAGCGUCAUGUAGUUCAUUGCAUAGAUUGUGCGCGUAAGCAAUCUCCUUCGUUGGAGGGAUUCGUCUGUCUGGAAGAGUAUCGCAUGCGUGACUUGAUGGACGUUUAUGAUGGAUUCACCUUGUAUACGCCGUUGGUCACCCCUACUAGCACAACUACCACUACUUCCUCGUCAUCGUCGUCGACCGUAUCGACGACAUUACAGACACAAACUGGCCAGUCCUCCUGAGAUUACAUGCAUCACAUAUAUUUGGACUUCCCGAGUACAUUACAGCAGUAGUGAUCACUACCAUCCGGGAAAUGCGAAUUCUUUCCGGAUGGUAGCGAUCACUACUGCUAGUGUUAGUCCUUUUUUUGUCAAUGCGGGACGAGAAGACAUUUCGUACGAUAAGCAUUAUCCAUGUACCUGAGAGCUACGCGAAAAGAGGCGGGACCGGCUCCUUGAGGGCUCGUAGGCGACCGUCCGCAAAUAUAUAUCGCAUGAGAUGAGGUAAAAGCAUAACAAUAAUUUCUCUCGAAACAUAUACAUAUAUAUGUAUAUAUCCACUUUAGGGUAAAAUAUUUUAAGUAAAAAAUAUUAGAUCGAUGCAUUUUCUACUGUGCUUGAGUCUAAGAGAGAAUGUGUGCUCUAAGAUAUUUGUUUUCUUAUAAUAACAAUAUUUUUAGAGACAUGAAUUUGUUACGCUUUUACUUCAUCCUGUUAUAUGUAUGCAAAACUGUGCAUAUAUUAACGACAUAUAUCUAAACCCAAAUAUUGAUAUAAUUUCCUCUAAAAAAAUGUGUAGUUGACAUAUUGGAGAAACUGCGACAAAGAGUCAUUAUACUUCUCUAAAUAACCAGCAUUGAUUGAAAAGAAAAGAGCAUACAUAACGAUCUCUUUGUCGCACAUUUUUUCGGUCAAUAUAUCAACUGCACGUCAGAGAUCGAAAGUUCUAUUUGAUGUGAUGUCGUUAAUGUGUACAUUAUAUAUAUAUAUAUAUACUUAUGUAUAUUUUUAUCUCAAUUUGUGUACGGCAGCCUUUUUAGUAUGCGCUUUAAUCUGCACCCGAUCAUUGGAAUUCGUUAUUAGGAACGUUAUUAUCACGAGCUUCGUGAGCCGAUCCCAAGGAAAGAAGAAAGACUAAAAAAGGAAGGGGGCAGUCUUUUCGGUGGACACGAAAACCGAUUCGUACUGCUCGCUCGCUCGCUCGUUAGUUAGCCCUGUUUGUACAAAUCUAACUUGCUUAUCUAUAAAAAGAAUAUCACCGUUGGUCGCUAGAUUAUUUCCUGUAAAUAUCCAACGGCGAUCACGAUCUUUUUUUAUAUAGCUCUCGGGUAUUGGCUAGAGAAGAGCUGUCUCUUAAAGGACGUAAUAGCGUAAUAAUCGGUCCGCGACAUCGUCAUGCGACUUUUAGCGUACUGGAUAUUUCUUUUCUCGGAUUCGGCCUGCUUUCCCUUAUCAUUGUUUAUUUAUUAUUGUAAUUAACGAUUUGUAAUCAUUGUAAUAUUGAUUACAAAUAUCUAGAUGUUAAGCGUUGUGUAUUACGCGAGCAGUGUCGUGAAAAUCUAAAUUUCGUGUUUUGUUCUUCGUUCUCUUCGCGAUUAGUCUGGGGUAUAAGACUAUGCAUAAUAUCACAGACAUAGAUAGGCCGAGCGUAACACGCGAGAUCUGGCUCUCACGUGCGAAAGAAAGAGAAUCCAAUUCAGAUCUCUCUUCUCUCUUUAACAGACGAAGAACCUAUCUCGUAUGCGAAAUCACAAAAUCAUGCCGGUGGUAUGUUCGGUCUGUGUACUAUGUCUAUUACAUAAUACGUUCUCACUGCCACUUACGAAAUCGUUGAGAUAAAGUGAGAGAUUCACCCUUUAUCAUAUAUAUUAAGGAUUAUAUAAGGAGGAUUGCCUAUCGUUAAAUCAUUGUUGCAAAAAAAUACGUAUAAAGGGAUAUUAGUGCCGUGCGUGGUACUGCUCAAAUCAUUUGUACAUUUUUUUUAAUGCAAAUUAACUUUGAGAUCAGGACUAAAAGAAAGAAAUUAGUAAGAAUGUCUCUAGAGUGUAGCAUAAUCUCUACUGCCAACCAUGCAUGUUAUUUCCUGUUAAAUGAAAUGAUCAAUUAUUAAAAUUUAAGCGUUGCAUGAAAUUAAAGCCGCGAGUGUGGGCAUAAGAUUUAAUACCCAGGACGCAAUUGUCGAUUAUUAUCCAAAUUACAAACGUAGAAAUUAAAGUAAGAAGUAAACGGGUCUGACAAAACGAAUUAAAACGGAAAUAUAACAGAUAUAAAAGACCUACACUGUUAAAAAGUUGAUGAAAUUU